AUGGAGGUCGACGAUCUCACUGAUGAACAAAGCAAUGCUUUAUCUCGUUUUCGAGAAUUUACGCAUAUAGAUUCCGUUGAAACAUGUCGUCAAUAUUUAGCUGCACAUGAUUGGGAUGUUGAACGUGCUAUAGAAACUGCAUUAAUAUCUGAUUUCGAUCUUCCAUCAAAUAUUAAUGAUAAUAAUGAAGCAACACCUGAUGUUUUACCAUCAGCACCACCAAUGCCUGAACCGACUUUAGAUGAACCAACUAUACAAAGAUUUAUACCGAAUACAUUACCGCUUGAUCGUAACAUAGAAAAUCCUAUUUUACGAAUAUUACGUAUACCAUUAACAUUUUUAUAUGCUUUUUAUUUAAAAAUUGAACCAUUUAUACCUUGGACAGUCAUUCGUGUUAUUUUUUCAUUCGUUAAAUCAUUAGUAUGGGGUGGUAGACCAAUAGAUCCUAUAAACGAAAUCGAUGAAUAUUGUACUUAUUUUGAUAAUCAAUAUGGUCCAAACCAUCCACCAUUUUAUCGUGGAAAAUUUUCUCAGGCACUUCGAGAUGCACAACGUGAAGUUCGUCUAUUAUUUAUUUAUUUACAUGAAAAAAAUUCACCUUUAUGUGAUCGGUUUUGCAGAGAAGUACUUUGUGAAGAUGCUUUACGAUCGACUAUAGGUACGCAUCUAUUAUGGAGUGCAAGUAUUGAUACUCAAGAAGGAGCUCAAGCUAGUCGAUCAUUACGUGCAAAUUCAUUCCCUUGUUUUUGUAUUAUUGCACAUCAUGGUUCGCAACAAAUUGUUCAACUUAAACUUGAUCGAUAUACCUAUGCCGAUGAAUUUUUAGCUGAAAUUAUCAAUGGUGUUCAACAUGCUGAUGAAGCAUUACAAUAUAAUCGUGAUUUAAGAAAUACAAGUAGUUCACGUGAUCGUCUUUUAGAAGAACAAAAUGCUGCUUAUUUAGAUUCUGUUCGAGCUGAUAAAGAAAAAUUUGAACGACGUUUACGUGAAGAAAAUGAACGACGUAAAUUAGAAGAAGAUCAACGACGAUUAGAAGAAGAAAAACAAAGAAAACUUCAAAAAUUUGCUGAAUUUCGUGAUCGUAUUAAACAAACAUUUCCCGAUGAACCAUCAUCAACAGAAGCUGAUAUCAUUCAAGUAUCAAUACGUUUACCUGCAAAUGAACCUAUUCGUCGUCGUUUUCGUCGUUCGGAUCCAGCAAAACUAUUAUUUGAAUUUGCUUGGACAAAUUCCAAUGUACCCGAUCAAUUUGAAUUAUUAUGGGGUUAUCCACGUAAACGUUAUCAAUAUGAACAAAUCGAUAUUAAAACAAUUGGUGAUGUUAUGAAUGGUAACACAGAAACAUGUUAUCUUGAACAGAUUGAUGAAGAAAAUAAUUUAUAG